AGCUCCGCCGGCGGUGCGCGCCUCCCGGAUCACCGCCAUCACCGGCCGGCGCGUCCCUCGAUCCCGCGCCCCGUCCCGCCGGCAGCGCCGGCAUGAGGAACGCCAGCAAGGAGCUGCCGGGCGCCGGCAGCCGCUACGCCCCCUGCGACUGGUAUUACCACCUUCCCAUGCAGCGGUCGGAGAAGGCUGUGGACGCCCCGCCCAUGUCCCAGAUCCCAGGGCUCAGCGAGCGCCGGGACACCCCCGGCAGGCACCUGCUGGGGCCCAGGCGGUACUGGAUCAAAGACACGGACUCGGAGUACGUGAAGCUGGCCAAGCAGGGCGGCCGGCCCGAUCUGCUGAUGCACCUGGUGCCCGGGUCCAGGAAAGGCUCCGGGAAGGGCUCGCCCGCGCCCGUCGCCUACUCCCUGCCGGACUGGUAUGUCCACCACAGCCAGCCGCCCGCGGGCAGCCAGAGGCGGGGCCUUGCUGCCUACAUGCCGGAUUACAUGGUUCACAAGGAGUUCAACCCCGGCCGGCCCAGUGGGAACUACGAGUUCCGAAGGGGGCCCUUCGACUUCGACGUGAAGACCUUCUGGCAGCGGGAGGCGGAGGAGCUGGACCAGAGGAAGAAGGUGCGGCUCCCCGCCAUCACCUCCAGGUCCCCCAGCAAAGCGGGGACCCCAUCGGGCCCCCGAGAUCCUGCUGGGAGGCUCUCCUUCCCUCCCAUGCCUGGCCACAAAGCCAGUUCCCCCACCAACUUCUCCAAACUCAUCAGCUACGGGUACAGGGAUGAGUGGCUGCAGCAGCGAGCCGACGCGGACAGGAGCCCCCCGCAGCCGCCCCCAGCGCCUGAGUCCCCCAAGGACCUCGAGGGGCAGGACGCCGAGCAGCUCCGGGACCCAGAGGCUCCGGAAGGCUCCGUGGAGGCUCAAGAAUCUUCGCCAGCAAGUCCAGACUCCCCUCCGGCCGCAGGGACGCCCCCAGAGCUCAAGUAACGAGCCCAGGAUGUGGGGGAUCACGCGCCGAAGGCUGGAUGAGAGCUGACGGUCACGGCUGUGUUUAUAAGGCUUCACUCUACGUUACCAUAUAGAUUCCGUGAAAUACCCUGUUAGGGCAGAUCUGACGUCACUGUUGUGCAGGCGGCGUGAGGGGUGGUGUUUCUCCGUGCAUUUCUCUGGGAUGCCGACCAGGUGGCCUUUGGGGCGCCAUGCCUCCCCCACCACCAUGUCCCAGUGUCUGGGACCCACUUCCUCCCCAUCACCAGCUGACACCGCCGCCCGCCGUGGGGACCUGUGGCGGUGACGUUGCCAUCCAUCGAAGGCUGUGCUCAGACCCCCCUAGAUUGUUCCUGUAACCUCUGCAGAGGUCACUUUUCCGUUAAAAAAAUUAAUUCCAGAAUAUUGGGAUGUACUUUAUAUUGAGAAAAGGGUUAAUUUAUUAGACCUGAAAGUUUUAAACAUUUAAUGUAGAAGCACUGGAGCAUUUGCAAGUUUUAAAUGUUUGUAAUUUUUCAAUAAACUGAAAUUAUUCUAUUAAACAUA